UGUCACGUGAUGCGUGAUAACCCGUAAUAGGAUGUUUGAUGAUUCUAUGCGCACGUAGCGGGACACAGUGACCCUGAAGUCAUUCGGGGUGAUUUUAUUUCUCUUGUUGGGCUGUUUGUGGUGAUUUUGGGGCUGAUGGGGGCCGCGGACAGCAGGAGCAGAUCUGUGUCGUAUGGACUGGAUGAACAGGACAAUGUCACGGUCAUACACGGAGUAAAGUUGUCCGGAGAUGUUCUUCAGCGGAUGCGGGAGUCUGGACCAUCAUCAUCAUCUUCAUCAUCAUCAUCACCCAAAGCAGAGAGUGCCAGACCUGAACCAGGGCCCUCCAGAUCAUCUGCUGCAGAGACACAGGAGGAGCUCAGAAGACGGUUUGAGCGUGAGCAGGCUCUGGUCCAGGAAGAGUUGGCUCGGAUCAGCCGUAGAGAGAGAGAGAUGGCAGGAGACGAUAUGAACCCAGCGGCGCUGCGAGAGACAGCAAAGACACGGCAGGAACCAGACAAAACACACAACCUGCCGGAUGAGUUGAGUGUUCGGGCCCGACAGCUGAGGAAGAAAGAAGAUGAACUUAAACAUCUGGCACAGUUUUACAAGGAGCAACUACAACUGAUGGAGAAGAAGAACACUGAAUAUUAUCAACAGACUGCACACAUGUACGAGCAGGAGGCGCUUAAAGCAGAGGCCACUGUUAAGCCUCGUCACGUGAGUCCCGUCUGCCCUGAGCUGCAGUCGCAGGUGUUGAGCUGCUACAGACUGAACCCACAGCAGACGCUGCACUGCUCACAGCUGGCCAAAGACUACAUCAACUGCAUCAACACCUCCAAGAAGAAAUGGGCUUCCACAGACCCGAGACAGCAGACAGAAAGAGACACUCUAGUGAAAGCUCAGAACAACCCCCACAACACGCUAACACUGAGGCACCACGGUUUUUUUACUGGCAAGAACUUCAGAAAAUUAAAAAAUCAGCUUAUUUGUUUGUUUUUUGUACCAUAUUUUUGUUGUUGAGGGGGUUCAGUUUGC